AAAGGAAGGAGAACAGAAUGUGUAUUUAAACGUAUCGCCUCUGGUGUAGCUUCAAUAACAACGAGGGGAGAGUGUUUCCAGUGCUGCAGCUCUGCAGGCUUCAGUAUUAUUAGAAUCAGUUUGUGCUUUGGUCAGCUUGGAGACAAGAAGCAGCCAGUUGGAAGUCGGUGGAAACUUUAAAAUUGAGCUGCUAGGAGUCUAGAGCAGUGUUGGGAAUUUUAUUUGAACAGAGCAUUGAGUGAAACUGAGGAGCAAAGAUGAACCAAACGGCAUCCGUCUCUCAUCAGAUUGACUGUCAGCCACACAAGGAUACCAAGGAGUUUGUGGACGUCAGCCCCCCGCAGAGGAAUUGGAAGGGCAUUGCCAUCUCUCUGUUGGUGAUUGCAGUGGUCUGCUCACUAAUCACCAUGUCUGUGUUCGUCCUCACUCCCCCGGAAGUCCCCGGCAGCAGCAAGUCCAGUCUGAGUGUGGCAGAUCUGUACAAAACUGAGUUCAGCGUUCACGACCCCGAGGCCACGUGGAUCAGCGAUUCCGAGUUGGUGUACAGGAACCGCGACGGCCACGUCAUCAAGUUUAACUUCGCCUUGAACGAGACGGAAGUCAUCCUGAGCAACAGCACAUUUGUGGCCUUCAAGGUGGCAAAGUACUCGCUCUCUGCAGAUCUGAAGUAUGCGCUCUUUGCUUAUGAUGUCAAGCAGAUGUACAGAUAUUCAUACACGGCAUCUUUCAUCAUUUACAACAUAUACACGAGGGAGGUUUGGGAGCUGAACCCUCCGGAGGUUCAGAACGCAGUGCUCCAACACGCUGCUUGGGGAAGACAAGGACAACAGCUGAUCUACAUCUUUGAGAACAACAUCUACUACCAGUCAGACGUGAGGAGUAACUCCCUGAGAAUCACCUCCUCUGGGAUGGAGGGAGUCAUCUUCAAUGGACUUGCCGACUGGUUGUACGAAGAGGAGAUCCUGUGUUCACACUUGGCUCACUGGUGGUCGCCUGACGGAGAGAGACUGGCUUUCCUCACCAUCAACGACACCCAGGUACCCAACAUGGUUCUGCCCCAGUUCACCGGCAGCACCUACCCCAAAGGACUACAGUAUCCAUAUCCCAUGGCCGGUCAGACAAACCCAGUUGUCAAGUUGUCGGUGGUCAACCUGUUUGGAGCAACACACACGCAGGAACUGCAGCCUCCAGAUCAGCUCAGACUCAGGGAUUUCUACAUCACCAUGGUGAAGUGGAUCAGUAAUACUCACCUCGCAGUGCGGUGGCUUAACCGGCCCCAGAAUGCUUCACUGCUGACAGUGUGUGACGCCACCAUAGGAAUCUGUCUUCAGAGGCACGAGGAGUCUUCAGAGACAUGGCUAUCCAGACAGAGACAGGAGCCACUGUUCUCCAGCAACAGAAACAAGUUUUUCCUUACUCUGCCCGUUAAACAAGGAGGUCAGGGAGAUUUUCAUCACAUCACGAUGUUCAGCAAAAAGUUAAGAAGCGACCAGGACGAAGUUCGACACUUAACGUCAGGAGACUGGGAGGUGACACAAAUCGUAGCUUAUGAUGAAAAUAACCAGAUCAUAUACUUUCUGAGCACAGAGGACUCUGCACAACACAGACAUUUAUACAGUGUGUCCACCCUUGGCCUGUUUCCACGGCAAUGCCUCACCUGUGGGCUGAAGGAGGAGUGUUCAUUCUUCGACGCAAACGUCAGCCCGGUUGCACAGCAUGCCAUCCUGCACUGUAAAGGUCCUGGAGUUCCAGCUGUGCUGCUUCUAAGUUUUGAUAAUGUGGACUCGUAUUUCAUCUUGGAGAACAACCUCCCCCUGCGGUCUGUGCUGGAGGCUAAAAGGAUGAUUCAGACUGAAAUUCGGAUGAUCACUAAUGAUAACUUUGAGCUGCCGCUAAAGCUCAUCUAUCCUCCUGACUUCUCAGAGUCCUACAUCUAUGGCCUCCUCCUUAUUGUCCGCAGCUCUCCAGGCGACCAGGUGGUGACAGAAGAGUUAAGGCCGGACUGGGAGUGGGUGAUGGCAGGAUCAGAGCAGGUCAUCGUAGCACAACUUGAUGGCAGAGGGUCAGGUUUCAGAGGUCAAAGGGUUUUACAGCAGGUCCAUGAGAGACUCGGCACAGUGGAUGCAGAGGACCAGAUAGCAGCUCUGGAGUACCUGGUGAAGCUGCCAUUCAUUGAUCACACUCGUGUCGGAGUCUUCGGAGAGGACUACGGUGGCUUCCUCACACUGACAAUGCUGAAGUCGACAGAGAAGCUGAUCAGAUGUGCGGCAGCUCAGGCUCCUGUCAUUGAUUGGUCCAUGUACGCGUCUGCGUUCUCGGAGAGAUACCUCGGCUCACCUUCAACCGAUGAGAACAGAUACCAAUCAUCUAGAGUCCUGACCAACAUGAAAGGUCUGCAGGGGGGAACUCUGUUUCUGGCUCACGGCACUGCUGACGCAAAGAUUCAUUUUCAGCACUCAGCAGAGCUCAUCAAACACUUAAUAAAGAUUGGAGCCAACUAUACUAUGCAGAUCUACCCAGACGAAGGGCACUUCCUGUCAAGACGCAGCCGGAUUCAGCUGACUCACUCCCUAAUUGGUUAUUUUAGAGAAUGUCUGCUUGACGCAUCAUCAUUACUUGACCAACAACAACGGGACGACGAGUGAGAGGGAAUGUGGUUAUUACUGGGCCGAGUGUGUGUUUAGGAGUGUAUGAGCCCCUGGUAGACUGAGUGUGUGUGUGUGUGUGUGUGUGUGUGUGUGUAUGUGUGUGUGUGCGUGUGUUUUAUACCUGUAGCACAACGUUUGAUGGACAAAACAAGCUUCUUCUCAACAUAUCAGACUAGUUUCUUCGUUCAUCACUUCAGUAGAAUAAAGCUCCCACAGUCAGCUCUGUUGUUAAGUUUCAUGAUAGGUAGCAGUCUAAUGGAGGUCUACCUGAAAUAUUGCCUCUCUCUUCCUGACAGAACAGGGAAAAGUACUUCAUUUUUGCAAGAUUUUUAAAUUCUAUAAAAUGUGGUGGAGGUUUGGAGAAGGAGGUGAUAACAUGAGUCUCUCUGUGAUGCCAUAGGUAAACAUGACAGGCUUCAAGCGGCACAGUCUCCACAAACUGUUGUGAAAUUAGCACAAAUUCUGAUAUACUUUGAAGAUUACAUCCCUCAGCAACAUUUUUAUGUGCUAUUGUAUAUUAAGUAACUAGAAACUAAAGUUACGAGAUCAAUGUAGUGAAGUGAAAAGCACAAUAUUUCCCUCUGAGAUGUAGUGGAGUAAAAGUAUAAUGCAGUAUAAAAUGUAAAUACUCAAGUAAAGUACAAGUACCUCAAUGCUUUUCACUACUAAUUUCACAAAAUUUUGUGAGACCUUUGCUAAUUAUCUUGUGCUGUCACCUGUCACCUUCAGUUCUUCCUGUUAGUAUGUUUUUUAGAGGCCCAUUAUAUUGAUUAUGUAUCAAGCUCUUUCUCUAAACAUUUCUUUUUUUAUUCAAAUUGCACCAAUCUGGUCAUUGGGACAUUAAACUAUUUGAAAACAUGACAAAGCCUGACAUCAGGGUCGUUUUCGUGGCAUAUUGCUUCUCUUGUAUUCUCUUUACUAUGGUUUUUCAUUGCCUAAUGCCAAUAUUUCUCAAGACUUUACCUGGAAGUGAUUAAGGUGCACAGGGAAGCAUAGUAUAACUGGUAUAACCAACCAAAAAGCAGACAUGUCUGGCUCAUUGUAAGACGGCCUCUACAGGCCCUUUAUCAUGUCGUGUUGUAUAUGUAUGUGGGGCGGCUUGACUGUUUUCCAAGUAUGGUUACAGAUCUGUUAAGUUAUCUAGCUCUUAAAUAGACAGCAAUAGUGCUCAACAUACAGUGUGUACAGUAAUUUACGUUUUUAUUACACUCUGUCUCCUUGUCAGUAUUUAUUUAUUUAUGUAUUUAUUUAUAAAAGUAGAUAUUUAUCAUUUCACACCAACUUUUUUGACAAAUAAUUAAAAUGAACUUUUUUUCCUAAAUAUUUAGCUUAACGGUCAUAAUGGUCACUCUCUGUCUGCAGUAGCUUAAUGAGACAGCUGAUGACUUUACUACUCUUACUCUGGUCUUUAUGGAUACAUCCUUUUUCUUAGAACAAAAGGUUUCAGUUUUUUACACAUUUAUUUACUGUAUAACUUUGUCACUUGGAGUUUGCCUUUAAUUUCCACUGUAAUGUUCUCAUUUCUUGUGCAAAUGUCAUGUUGUGUUUUGAUAGUUUCCAGGCCAUUUCAUUUUUUUAUGUUUUCUACUGGUUGCCAAAAUGGUUUUAAACCACUUAAAGUUCUUUCAAAAUAUUAUUUUUGCUUCAUAAAACUUGGAUAUCCAAAUUUAUUAAUUUUAAACGUGUCUAGCUGCUGUUAAAUAUUUCAGGUACAAUUCCUCUUCACUUUGCAGCCGAGUUUGUACUCAAACUUUUUUUUUCCUCUGCUGCACCAAACAGUUUGAAAGUACUCCAAGGUUGUAGUGUUAUCCAUAAAGCAUUGUAAUAAAAGGCAUCGUAAGUGUUUUGGUGCAUGAGAGCGUUCCUCGCUGUGAUUACGGGCGUGAGAGUGACUCUGACAGCACAAGUGCCAUAAAUCACAGUGUUGCACGUCCUCAGUGCUGUUUUCCCCUUGACCUUAGAGGUGCUCAGUGUCUGGAGUUUAAUUUACAAACUGCUGUUAAGACGUACAAGUAAAAACAUAAAAACAGUAGUGACGGCUGAAAUAUGUGAUAUGUUGUGAUAAUCCCCCUAACGCAUGGCUAUUGGUUCCCAUGCCAACGUGCUUGGCAGCCUUGGAGACAGCUGUGGUAAUUCCUUUAAAGAUGACACAUGGGGCGCUCUGCUGGUGAUGCAGUAUGCUGAACUGUCUCAAUCUCUGUGCUUUGGAACAUUGACGCCACAUUUUGAGUCCAGUUUAAAGAGUAUGUGAAGUCAGUUAUUGUUUCUUUUGGGGUUUGUACAGUGAGUUUAACUUGACUUUGUUUUUCUUUGGGUGGACAUGUGGGUGAGGGAUGAAUAAAGAAAAGCUUAUUGUAUUUUAUGGCUGUUUUAAUAUUAAAGAACAACGA